AACAACAACAACAACAAUAGCAGUAACAACAACAGCAGCAGUAACAACAACAAAAAAAACCGAAGACAGGUAGAGGACGACGGCUCCCGAGGUACUUACGUAAGAGGGGGGUGGGGAGGACAGGGGCCCCCGGGGACUCCCAGGGGCCCCCGGGGACUCCCAGGGGCCCCCGGGGACUCCCAGGGGCCCCCGGGGACUCCCAGGGGCCCCCGGGGACUCCCAGGGGCCCCCGGGGACUCCCAGGGGCCCCCGGGGACUCCCAGGGGCCCCCGGGGACUCCCAGGGGCCCCCGGGGACUCCCAGGGGCCCCCGGGGACUCCCAGGGGCCCCCGGGGACUCCCAGGGGCCCCCGGGGACUCCCAGGGGCCCCCGGGGACUCCCAGGGGCCCCCGGGGACUCCCAGGGGCCCCCGGGGACUCCCAGGGGCCCCCGGGGACUCCCAGGGGCCCCCGGGGACUCCCAGGGGCCCCCGGGGACUCCCAGGGGCCCCCGGGGACUCCCAGGGGCCCCCGGGGACUCCCAGGGGCCCCCGGGGACUCCCAGGGGCCCCCGGGGACUCCCAGGGGCCCCCGGGGACUCCCAGGGGCCCCCGGGGACUCCCAGGGGCCCCCGGGGACUCCCAGGGGCCCCCGGGGACUCCCAGGGGCCCCCGGGGACUCCCAGGGGCCCCCGGGGACUCCCAGGGGCCCCCGGGGACUCCCAGGGGCCCCCGGGGACUCCCAGGGGCCCCCGGGGACUCCCAGGGGCCCCCAGGGACUCCCAGGGGCCCCCGGGGACUCCCAGGGGCCUCGGAGACAGGGAUGGGCGCUUUCCCUCGGGUCAACAUCAGCAAAGAGUUGUCCAGAGGGUCUAAACCCACUGCUUCUUGGGGGAAAUUCUGCCUCGGCUCCUCCCACAUGUCCAGAAGCCCCGCCCCCCGCCCGCCACCGCGCAUGCCCGCUCCAGCUUGCAGUUGCUUCCGCUUGCAUUUCGGCCGAGCGGCAGUUCCAGCGCUCUUCGUCGCCGCUCGCCGAGGAGGGGAAACUCGAAAUUCAUGCCUGCUCUUAA